AGGAGCCAUAAGUGGGGACGUACUCUUACGGCAAUUCGUGUGUGAGAUAGCUUGGGUUUGUCGAGUUUUUCAUGAGACUAGAACGAAUAUAUUAUAAAUAACAAACGUACGAAGAGCACAACUUGCCAAAAUGAGUUUAAGUCCAGCCACAAAGCAAAGAAUAGCCAUUGUUUUAAGUGUGAGCAAAUUUGCGUUUCAAUGGGGUUUUAUUCCUACCGUUCUUUAUUUAGGUUUCAGCAAAGGUGCAGAUCCAGGCAUGCCUCAAUUAACUCUUAUGAAUUUAUUGUGGCAGUGAGAUCUAAUUAUAAAUACUCUCCUAUUUUACAAAAAUUAUGAGUACCAUCACAAUGUUACAUAGAUAUAUCUAACUGAAAUAUCUAUUAUAUCUAUUACGUCAUAUUUCCCAACAAGCUAAUAGUCAAAUUAUGUAUUAUGAAAUAAAUGUGUCACUAUGUAAUAUGUGAUAAAUAUAAAAAUAGUAAAUAAAUAUAAAAUAAA